AUGCUUGAGUGCUGGCUUGGGACACCGUUUGCUUUUCUUCCUGCUGGUAGGAGCCUUUUACUUAUCAGAGAGCACCACUCGAUUAUUACUUGCUGUUGGUAUCCCUAUCACAGGGUAAUUGGUUCGAACCGUGAGUUGACGAAGAGGUCAAUUGAUCUAUAUGAGCCACCUAUAGUCCUCAUGACGCUUCAUACGCUCAGAGGCGCCUUUUGUCUCUCCCCUCAACACCCUCAAAGCAGAACAGAGAUCCUCACGGGAACCAUCAUGCUACAGACGGCAAUCCGGCUUUAG